AUAAUGUCAGCAGUUAAUUGCACUGGCACCCAUGCACCCACGACGGUGACCAUCAUACUUUAGUUCCUGUCAGUACACCCCUCUUAAUCUUCCACCUGUGAUGUGCUCCUCGCCAUGUGAUCCUCGCCCCCUCCUCCUCCUCCUCCUCCUCGGGUCAAAACAAACACACACACACACAUCUGUCUCUUCUUCAGGUUUCAGGUCUCCUGGCUGCUUUGCUUCUGCUGCCUCUGUGUGGGGCUCCAGCCUUGCUCAGAUUGAUGAUUGGUGAUCCAACCAUCUUCAUCACUUACAGAGAUGGGGUGUGGUGCAUCAAUCCCUAAGAAAUGCAAGGUAGGAGGGAAGGGGAAGAAGCGCCGGAGCGUCAUACAGGAGGUUGCCAUAUUCGUGCCGACAAUUCGCAUUCCGGUGGACAGUGAUGUUGCCCAUCCACUCAGAGGACUAGUAUCCAAGGAGCUCGUCGACCGCCUCUCAAAGUUCAGAGACCGCGUUGUCGCGCUCUCUGAAGAUAUCUAUUGCGCGGAUGUUUCGGAUGUUUCAGAGUUACAGCAUGCCCUUGAGGAGUACUUGCCAGUUGUUCUUGGUUUAACAAUGAAAGAAAGCCGUCUUGAAUCAUCGGUGGAAUUCAGAUGGAGGACCUUGGAUGAUGACGAAGAGUGUUGUCUUUCAAGUGCAUGGUAUGAAGUUCUGUCAGUCAUCCACAUGAUGGCGAUGCUUGCAUUGUUUGAAGCCAACCUGAUACUUAUUCCGAAGAACGGUCAAGUUGGAGGUGAAAGGAAGGUAUCAGAAGAUGCAAAGAAGGAUGUCGUCGAUUCGUUGCUCAGAGCAUCAGGAUGUUUAGAUUACUGCGUGCACCGUAUACUUGUACAGAUGCCGGCACAAGUCAAGAAAAGUUUUCCUAGUUAUUUUCAGGAAGGUAUGCUUGAGGCCAUUUCAAUUCAAGCAUUGGCUCAGUGUGUAGAAAUACAACUUGGAUUGGCUUCAGAGUGUGAGAAGGCAACUCUGUCAGUAAAGAGGAGGCUAGCCUGUGAGCUAGUCAGUUAUUUCUCACAGGCUCACUAUUGCUUAUCGGGAUGCGACACGAGCGACUCGUUUGGGAAGAAGCUCCUGCUGUUUCUGAAGUGGAAAUGCAUGGAAGCCAAGGCAGUAGCAUACUACUACCAUGGCCUUGUGCUUGACAAAGGCAAUGAAGCCAGCAGCCACAUCAGUGCAGUGUGCUGCCUCUCUGCAGCUGAUGAUCUAGUUGCAGAUAGCAAGAGGGCUUGUUUGAGCUUCUGCUUGGCAAACCCCAUCACAAGGGUACCUCCUCCUUGGGGUAUCAUGAGGAAUAUGCACAAGAAAAUCCCAGAUUCUGCGUGCAAGAGAUUCCAAAUGUAUGGAUAUCUUUUUGAACAAGACAAUAACAGUGCACUUCAAUCCUUACCAGAUCUACCAGAAUUUGCGCUGUCGCUGAGACCCGAAGGGUAUGAACUGCCUAGCACUGAUUCAAUCUGGGAUAAUGUUGAUAGCCAGCCUCAGAUUCAGAGCCUCAAGGAGCAUCUGGAUGAUGAAGACGAAGUGGAAACAAAAUGAUACUUCAGACAUCCAAAACGCUUCAUUUCAUUGUGCCAUGAAAAGUAGCAUUAGUACUAGCAAAGACAUCGGAAUGCUCAAUUCAGAAGUGUUUGGAUUCAGCAUAUGGCAUUGAGCCAAAAAGAAAUCAGAAUAUGUACCUUCUGUGUA